AUGAAAUACUUAGCACUUUUCCUCGUAGCCCUUACUGCUGUUUCAGCAAGAGGCAUCAUUAAACAAGAAAUGAUGGAUGAUGCCGAAUUCACCACCAAGGUUGGUUAUAGUCUUUACAACGGAUUCGUCAGAGGACUCUACAGAGAGCACUCCAGAGUCAUUAUUGACGAGCAAUGUUUCGGAGAGUGGAUGAGAUAAAACAUGACUCAUCUAGCUAACAUUUUGGACAGAGUCUUCAUGAUGGAGUUCCCAAUUCCAUACAACGAAGCCAUCUAAGGUGCCACUGAGGUCGUGAACCUCUUCUACUUAAACCAAAAGUACUGCUCAGCCUUCAAGGUUUGGGACGAUCUCAAGUCUUCAUGCCCAGACAACGAUUUCUUCAACUGCUUUGACAUGGAUCUCCUCUUAGCUAAUGGAAAAAAGAACAUGUUCGGACUUGUAACCAAAAUUGAGAAUAUUGUUGAACUCCUUCUCAGAGCUGACGUUUAGACUGAUGAAGAGAUUAUUUCAUUAUUCGACACCUUGGGAGAAGACUACGGUGCUAUCAUUUCCUACCUUAUCGGAUUCGAGAAGAGAUUUGACAGUGGCAGUCACAAGCACAGACAACUCCAACUUGCCAAUCCACUCUAAUCUGCUCAUAUUCCAUCCAUCUUCAAACAUAAAUUCUUCUGA